GCCGGGGGCGGCCCCACGGGGAACCCACGGCCGGUGCGGUGACACGGCCCCAGAGCUGCUGCCGACAUGGACUGCGGAGUCAUCACCUCCAAGACCGUGCUGCUGCUGCUGAGCCUCACCUUCUGGGCGGCAGCUGCAGGCCUCAGCUAUGUUGGGGCGUACGUCAUCAACACCUACAAGAGCUACGACAGCUUUCUGCAGGACAAGUACGCCCUGCUGCCGGCCGUGAUCAUCAUUUGCGUGGCCGUGGUGAUGUUCAUCAUCGGGCUGAUCGGCUGCUGUGCCACCUUCCGCGAGUCUCGGGUCGGCCUGGGGCUGUUCUUGGCCAUUAUCCUGGUUAUCUUCAUUGCAGAAGUGUCCGCUUUUGUACUGGGAUUUGUUUACAGGGAAAAGGUAAAAACUGAUGUGCAAAGUACGAUGCGCUCAGUCUUUGAGAAGUAUGAUGGGAAAAACUCAGAGUCUAAAGUUGUGGAUUACUUGCAAGAACAGCUUCUCUGCUGCGGGGUAAAGAACUACAGUGACUGGACGACCACCCAGUGGUUUAAUUCCAGUGGGAACAACAGUGUCCCCCAGAGCUGCUGCCAGCAAGGGGUGAAGAACUGUACAGGGCAUCUGGAUCAGCCACAGAAACUCAACACACGGGGCUGUGCACAGGGGCUGGAGGCUGGGCUGCAGAGCGUCAUUGGCUAUGCCAUGCUUGUGAUCCUGGGGUUUGCCAUCGUAAAGUUCUUCGGCAUGCUGAGUGUCUGUGUGCUUACUUGCAAGAAAGAAGAAAGUGGGUAUCAGCCUCUUUACUCAGGGGUGUUUGCUUAAUAAACUGAGAAGAACAAUCUUGCUUCCUGAUGACGCAAUUGACUUGUGACCAUACCACAGCUUUCUGAAACGUUAUGCUAAGUUUGGACUUGUGACUUCAGGUAGCACUGGGUGGUGUAGUACGCUCCAGAAAGAAACUUUCUUCUGCCCUUCUUUCCUCUGCCCCAAAUACACACAGCAGAAACUUUAUUUUUUAAUCAAUAAACUGGUGGAGGCCGCAGGAGGGGUUUCAGUUGUCUGCAGAAACCUCAGGUCAUUCCUAUGACGUGGUUUAAACAGCAAAAUAAACUUCUGAAUGCCAGGUUUAAGUAUUUUUCAUAGGCACGGGGAUCUGUAGUAUGUUUUUGCUAUAUCUGAUUGUACAGUUUGGGGGUUUUUCCCCCUUCUUUCUUACAGCUGUAUGUUGCAAUUCUGUUUACAGCAUUACAGAAUUGCAGCGGUUGUUAGUGCAAGACAACCCCAUGUUUAAGGUCUGGGACAAGCAUUUGUGUGGCUGUUUGGAGAAGCUAGCAGACAUGAAAAAACCCAGGUUUUGAGCUUUUGUGCUCAAAACUCUCUCUCUUUGAUUUGUUUUUAAUCUCUUAAUUAUUGACAUUAAAUGCUCCUUAUGAAGCAGGGCUUUUGAACAUUUUCUUUCUCCUUUUUCUAUGGUUUGCCUUGGGGAAUUAGUGCCACAUUUCCACCCUGAUUGUGUUUUCUCUGUGAAAACCUUAAAAAUACGCAUUCUAAUACAAAGCAAUUUCAAUAACCUGCUGUAGCAUGGCUUUCACACAUUUUCUGUUCUCCUUAAUUCUGCUGGACACAGUCACUUACUCCUUAGAUUGCAUCCCUGCUUUAACACAGUCCUUCUUUAACUCAUUUGUAUGUUAAUCUGUUUAUAAGCUCUUCAGGAUUUUGGGGAUAGAGAACGGAGAGAACUGUGAGCUUUUAUGUACCAGGGAAUUGUGGAAAAGCAGCAGAGAUUCUGCUCAUUCCUUCCUUGGAGAGAUAAACAGCCUGUCCUUAACAAAAUAAACCUUUAUAUUUGUAGCUAAUUAGAAAAAAAAUUAGUUUGCGGUCAGUGUAAGCUGUUUAAUUAUCCCCAUACCUACCCCAAGAGAAAAAGGAAAGCAACUAGUGACAAAGUCCUAUAGGAGACACACCAGCAUGACCAUGUGUACGUUGAAAACGGAAUUUUUAUUGAGCGCUUUGUCUUCUGUUAAAUGCUGAAAUAAACUGAAUUUAUACAACCAA